AUGACAAGCACAAGCCGAAGAAACGGCAGGCUGGCCUCAUGCGAAAACUGCCGCCGGAGGAAGAAUCGCUGUGACCACACUCGUCCUGUGUGUUCCCGAUGCCAGCGUCGAGGCUUGGCCUCGAGCUGUUUCUAUCAUCCGGCUCCGAUGACACGGCCACGCACAAGGUGCGCAGUUGGUGAAGCGCAGACCGCAUUAUUAAAUGUUGACCCCUUGACUACCGAGAGCACGAAUGAUUACGUUCGUCCAUUCACCCAUCAGUUUGCACCAAGCCAGUCCGCACUCCCGUGGCCAUCGAUUGCCUCUGAUGCCCAUCACCCGGGGUUCCGGUUGCCUGGGCUAGAUGCAAGCGUCGAAGCAAUUCAUGCCGAACACGUCGCCGUUGUGGCAGAGAUGCUUAUUCGACUCAAACAUCUUGACAUGAUAGAAAAGCUGCUCAAUGAGUAUUACGAUCACAGUCCUGCGGCUCUGGUACCUGGACCACUCGUGUUGCCGGCUUUCUCAGCACUUCGGACGAACGUGGUCGACAUCUCAUCGCCCUCGGCACGGGGCCGGGUUGGGUCCGCUGACACGACUCUGAAGAUCGCGGAAAGAGUUGUUCAGUCUACAUCCACGAAUAUUGACAUUGAGUUGACCUUCACGCCGCCAAGAUUCUGCGCCUCUUACACUGGUCAAAAUCUUCGUCUCGAAGCCGUCGGCUUGAUCUUUGCUCUUGCAGGCCGCUCGUGUUUGCUUGGUCCUAGUAGAGACGAUCGGCGAGAUGAGUUUGUUCAUACCAUGUUUCGAUGCAGCACAUGUUGCCUGCAGAUUGCUCGUGAAAUUGCUCCGCAGGUUAACGACCCCAUGGUGUGGUUGUCGUACGAAAAUCUCUUGCUGACGAUGUCCAUACAAGGAGAUGCAAGUGAGUUACACGAUGAGAAAAUUGGGGCUCGUCCCAAUGUAUGGCGUCGACUAGGUGACCUGGCAACUGAUGUGUAUGCUCUUGGUAUUCAUCGCGAGUCCACCCACGCAGGCAAAAUGCCAAAUUAUAUUUCCGAGUGUCGGCGGAGAACAUUUGCGGCAGCCUAUCAGGUCGACAAGUUGAUCUGCACGUUUUUCGAUAGACCUCCAAGGAUUUUGAGGCGCUACUCUGAUUGCAAGAUGCCGCUCGAUCUUGCUGAUGAGGAAAUUCUCGCAGAUGCGAACGAAGUAGAGCGAGUAGCACUCAUGCUGGACCCCGAGGGAUGGAGUGCUACAGCUCGCUACGCUAGCUCAACUUGGGCGCGGCUUCGUUACAUCCUCGGCGUUUUCCGAGAAGAAAUCUUAGAGUUCCCAUUUCGCCCAUUUACGGCCGAAAACAAGGCCAAGCUGAUGCAAGUGUUCAGACGAAAUCUCAAAAUUUUGUUGACCAGAUGCCAGCAAACAUGGAAGUCACUACCCGAGCACCUCAAGUAUACACAUCAAUGCUGGACAUCAGGCCUUGAGGCUACAGUAUGCCUCAUGCUCACAAUUGUGCAUCUGUCACAUCUAGAAAACGAGUUUCAGAUACAGCGCCUUCUUGAGAGAAGUGAGCCGAAUUCUGCUCCAGCAUUGCUGAGCGUUUCGGCAGAGAUCGUCGCGGUCGUUGUACAGCUUGGUAAAUCGCGCGACAAAGCGGUGCUUCUGCGACACGACUUUCCCUAUGUUGUGAGUAUUUCUCAUGCGAGUUCGGUUCAAUUUAGUCCUGACAAUCUGCAGGUAGUCAACUACGGUCUUCCUAGUGCAGCCACGUUGGUGGCGGCGCUGCAAACCAGUGCUAGGAAUCGAACUCAGUCAUUGCCACAGAACCUCAGUCGUUCGGCGCUCAUCCGAAGUCUAAUGAUAUUCACUUCGUACCUUGAGAGUAUCGGAGAUGCGGGCGAGGCAAUUCAUUCUACAUGUAUGCAAGCCGCACAAGCAAUCUCUCGCACCCUGGACAAUAUGCUCGACGAUCCGCCCUCCAUGGCUGGCACAACACCUGGCAUGACUGUACCAGCGUCGAUGUCUUGCGAUGAUCUCGACACGCCUUUCUCACCUUCGCAAUUCCUGCAGCCAGGCCUUGACACCACAGGUUUUACAAAUUUCGACUUGCUCAACAGCAAUGCAUUAGACGACUUCGAUCUCUCUGGUUGGCUGAAUAAUGCCGCGUGGACAGGCAAGUAUAUUGGCUAG